AUCACGUUUCCGAAGCUCGAAAAAGCUCAUGCACUUUCCAGGAGCCCGUCAACAAACAGCAACUCAACGGACGCCUGCAUCAACCAUCAAUUGACGGUCAAGAUGUUUGCGAGGCAAGUUUUUCGGCCUGCAAUGGCAGCCAGGAGCCAUGUGCGCCGCUACGCCUCGGAGGCCGGUUCUGCAAAGAGCUCGAACUUGCCAUGGAUGCUUACCGGUGCCGCUAUCCUCGCCGUCGGCGGCUACAUGACUCUCCGUGAAGACCCCGCGAAAGCGAAGCAUGCCGCGCACGCCGUUGAAGAGAAGGUCAAAAGCGUGAAGGAGGAUGUUCUUCCCAGCGCAGCGCCAUCCAAAGUUUUCACCGGCGGCGAUCAGGGGUUCGUCAGUUUAAAGCUGGAAAAGUCGGAGACUCUGAGCCCGAACACGAAGAAGCUGACCUUCUCCUUCCCGGAGGAGAACCAGGUGUCGGGCUUACACGUUGCUUCUGCUCUCUUGACCAAGUAUAAGGGGCCAGAGAUGGAGAAGCCAGUCCUAAGACCGUAUACGCCAACGAGUGAUGAAGGUCAACAAGGCUACCUCGAGCUUGUUGUCAAGAAGUAUCCGAACGGACCGAUGUCCACCCACCUACAUGAGAUGGAGCCAGGCCAGCGUCUCGACUUCAAAGGCCCACUCCCCAAGUAUCCAUGGUCCGAGAACAAGCACCAGCACAUCGCUCUCAUUGCCGGUGGCACUGGCAUAACGCCCAUGUACCAGCUCAUCCGUGCCAUCUUCUCCAACCCGAACGACAAGACGAAAGUCAGCCUCAUCUACGGCAACGUGACCGAGAGCGACAUUCUUCUCAAGAAAGAACUGCAGGAAAUCGAGAACACGUACCCCCAGCGCUUCAAGGCUUUCUACUUGCUGGACAAGCCGCCUGAGAAGUGGCAGGGAGGCACAGGCUUCGUGACCAAAGAGCUCCUGAAGACGCUGCUGCCGGAGCCAAAGGAAGGCGACGCCAUCAAGGUCUUCGUAUGCGGUCCGCCGGGCAUGUACAAGGCUAUCUCAGGCGGCAAGAAGAGCCCACAGGAUCAGGGCGAGCUCGAAGGCUACCUCAAGGAGUUGGGAUACAGCAAGGAGCAGGUCUACAAGUUCUAGACAAGCCGGGCGCUGCCCGUGUAGAAUUAGAUGCAUCUUUCUCCUGUGGUAGAGCAAUAAAAUUUUUUUUCCUUCUUUGAAUA